AUGACAAGCAUCCAGCGAGACGAAAAUCCUGAAAUUGUUUUUGAAGUGCUAGAACGCAUUGGUGAAGGGUCUUAUGGCAAGGUUUACAAAGCUGUGAACAAAUCAAGUGCUGAGGUCGUGGCACUCAAAGUCGUCCCUGUGGAGAAUGAAGAUCGUGCUGCAUACGAGGAGCUUACACGCGAAAUUUUGAUUUUGGAACGAUGCAAGUCACCGUUUGUAGUGCAAUACCUCGGCAGUUUUUCUUACGAAUCUCAGCUCUGGAUUGCCAUGGAAUUUUGUGCUGCUGGCUCACUUGCUGAUUUACACGUGCUACGUGGACGGCAGGUAUUACGUGAAGCAGAAAUCGCUGCUGUUUGCGCGAACAUAACUUUGGGUCUAGCUCACUUACACUCUCAAGGUUUAAUUCAUCGCGAUAUCAAAGCUGGAAAUCUUCUCCUUAAUCGAGACGGUGUGACUAAGUUGGCAGACUUUGGCGUGUCGGCGCAGUUAACAGCGACUGUAGGGAAGCGUCGGACAGUUAUUGGUACUCCAUUUUGGAUGGCACCAGAAGUAAUACAAGAAGCUCAGUACGACUGCAAGGCAGAUCUCUGGUCAUUGGGUAUCACAGCACUCGAGCUCGCCGAGGGUGAACCACCUCUUGCUCACAUGCAUCCAAUGCGUGCUAUCUUUUUGAUCCCAAACCGUGCACCUCCCGAACUUCGUGCUCCUGCUAAUUUCUCCGCUGAAUUUCGAGACUUUAUCGCCUUGUGCUUGAAAAAAGAUCCUCAAGAGCGUGCUUCGGCAGAGAAUUUGCUGCAUCAUCCUUUUAUUGCCCGUAAUGUGGAUUCUUUGCGCUCGAAUGUAGAUCGCGCGUUAAUGACUGGAGGUCGAAUGGCCGGUCUACCAGUUUUGCAGGAGCUAGUCGAAAAAAGCUUGGAGCUUGUGCAUGAAGCCAGGCAGCGAGGUGCCGAAGACGAAGCUGAUUUUCGUGAUGCAGCGACUGGUCGUCCCGAUGGCUCGCUUUCAGUUGCUGAUCUUAGCACAAUGCUCCGCAAUGGGUCGAUGUUCAACAACGGCACCAGCUGCUUUAAUGGCUCUGGACACUCAGACACUGCAGUUGGUUUUUCAUCGGUCCGACGGAACGAGUGUAAUUCCCUUGGUUGUGGUUUUAACGGUGGAACCACUGUUUUCUCCUCCAACGCAUCCCCGGAUGAUGACGCAUGCAAUACAAUGGUGUUCCGAGGUGAUGAAGUUAACAUGUCAGCUAAUUCUACAAUGGAGAGCACUGGCUCUGAAAAUCGCGAGCGCGACAUCACGUCGAGCGAUUUGUACGGUACAAUGAUUCCUAUCGCGGCAUUUGGAACUGUUCGUCCACCGGCCGCUCCAACUGCUUCAAUGGUUAGCUCAAGAAAUAGCAGUCGCAGCAGUAGUCACGGGAGCUGCAACGGUGAGCCUUCCAAGCCAGAUAUUGAAAGCAAUGAGCCGUCAUUUAUGAAGUAUUUUCGACGCAUUGCUUCUUCAAAGUCAGCGACGAUUCGAGCUGCCAGAGCGACAGCCGAUACUUCACCACUUUUAGUACAACAAAAGCUUCGUCAGCUUGAGGAAGAUUAUGAACGGGAUUGUAAGGAAUUAACCCGGUGUUUUGAAAAUCAAAAGGCCGAAUUGAUUCUCCAACUAGAAGGUUUGAGUCUUUAA